AUGGGGAACUGCUGCGGGAGGGGGUCCACCGCCGUGGACGACAACUUUGCGGGCUUCGACCUCACGGGCACGAACGACCCCAAAGUGAUCGCGAGGGAGACCUGCUUCACUGAGGACGAGGUGUACGCGCUGUUCGAGCUCUUCCGGCAAGUCAGCACUUCGGUCGUGGCGGACGGCCUGAUUCACAAGGACGAGUUCAGCGUCGCCAUCUUCAAGACCUCCAAAACCAACCUGUUCGUUGAACGGGUCUUCGAGCUUUUCGACGUGAAGAAGAAUGGCGUCGUCGACUUCGGAGAGUUCGUGAGGUCGCUCAGCGUGUUCCACCCGCACGCGCCGCUGAGGGACAAAAUUGAUUUUUCGUUCAAUAUUUAUGACAUGAAGCACACGGGAGUGAUCGAGAAGGAUGAGGUGUCCCACUUGCUGUUGGCUUUGCUCCAUGAGAACCCAGACUUGAGGCUGCCGAAGGAGGCAGUCGCUGACCUUGUUGACCGGACCUUCCAGGAGGUGGACAAAUCCAAGUCUGGGUACAUCUCCAAGGAGGAGUGGCACACACUGUGCUCGCAAAACCCCACGGUGAUCGCCUACAUGACCCUCUCCGUCCUGAAGGAGCUCACCACCCGCUUCCCCAGCUUCGUGUUCAAAAAGCAAACGUGA